AAGUCGGGGCUCUCGUCGCCGCGGGACAGUCCAGCCCGGCGGAGGCUGCGUCCCGGGCGGCGCGGCUGGGUUGCGCCGAGCUCCGGGCCCGCGGCUGCAGAGAGGCGUCUCAGUGCCCCAGGGCGGCCCCGCGCACCUGCCGGCGGCCGGGCCCCAGACUCACCCGGCCCCCGGCGCCCCUUCCCCAUCGCCACCGCUGCAGCCGGAGCGGGGCUCCGCGGGCCUGGAGCACGGCCGGGUCUAAUAUGCCCGGAGCCGAGGCGCGAUGAAGGAGAAGUCCAAGAAUGCGGCCAAAACCAGGAGGGAGAAGGAAAAUGGCGAGUUUUAUGAGCUGGCCAAGCUACUCCCGCUGCCGUCGGCCAUCACCUCGCAGCUGGACAAGGCGUCCAUCAUCCGACUUACCACCAGCUACCUGAAGAUGCGCGCCGUCUUCCCCGAAGGUUUAGGAGACGCGUGGGGACAGCCGAGCCGCGCCGGGCCCCUGGACAGCGUCGCCAAGGAACUGGGAUCGCACUUGCUGCAGACUUUGGAUGGAUUCGUUUUCGUGGUGGCAUCUGAUGGCAAAAUCAUGUAUAUAUCGGAAACAGCUUCUGUACAUUUAGGCUUGUCCCAGGUGGAGCUCACAGGCAACAGUAUUUAUGAGUACAUCCAUCCUUCUGACCACGACGAGAUGACGGCGGUCCUCGCGGCCCAUCAGCCUCUUCACCAUCAUCUGCUCCAAGAGUAUGAGAUAGAGAGGUCCUUCUUUCUUCGAAUGAAGUGUGUCUUGGCGAAAAGAAACGCGGGCCUGACAUGCAGCGGAUACAAGGUCAUCCACUGCAGCGGUUACUUGAAGAUCAGGCAGUAUAUGCUGGACAUGUCUCUGUACGACUCCUGUUACCAGAUUGUGGGGCUGGUGGCCGUGGGCCAGUCGCUGCCGCCCAGCGCCAUCACGGAGAUCAAGCUUCACAGCAACAUGUUCAUGUUCAGGGCCAGCCUCGACCUGAAGCUGAUAUUCCUGGAUUCCAGGGUGACAGAGCUGACUGGGUACGAGCCGCAGGACCUGAUCGAGAAGACCCUCUACCAUCACGUCCACGGCUGCGACAUGUUCCACCUCCGCUACGCGCACCACCUCUUGCUGGUGAAGGGUCAGGUCACCACCAAGUACUACCGGCUGCUGUCCAAGCUGGGCGGCUGGGUGUGGGUGCAGAGCUACGCCACCGUCGUGCACAACAGCCGCUCGUCCCGGCCCCACUGCAUCGUGAGUGUCAAUUAUGUCCUCACGGAUAUUGAAUACAAGGAACUACAGUUGUCCCUGGACCAGGUGUCCACAUCCAAGUCCCAGGACUCCUGGAGGACUGCCUUGUCUACCUCACAAGAAACUAGGAAAUUAGCUAAACCCAAAAACACGAAGAUGAAGACAAAGCUGAGAACAAACCCUUACCCCCCACAGCAGUACAGCUCGUUCCAAAUGGACAAACUGGAAUGCGGCCAGCUCGGAAACUGGAGAGCCAGCCCCCCGGCCAGCGCUCCGGCUCCCCCAGAACAGCAGCUCCAUUCAGAAGGCGGCGACCUUCUGUACGCUCCGUCCUACAGCCUGCCCUUCUCCUACCAUUAUGGACACUUCCCUCUAGACUCUCACGUCUUCAGCAGCAAAAAGCCCAUGUUGCCGGCCAAAUUCGGGCAGCCCCAAGGAUCCCCGUGUGAGGUGGCACGCUUUUUCCUGAGCACGCUACCAACCAGCAGCGAAUGCCAGUGGCAUUAUGCCAACCCCCUAGUGCCUAGCAGCCCGUCUCCAGCUAAAAGUCUUUCUGAGCCGCCAGUGAACACUGCUCGGCACAGCCUCGUGCCAAACUACGAAGCGCCCGCCGCCGCCGCGCGCAGGUUCGGCGAGGACACCGCGCCGCCGCCGCCGCCGAGCUUCCCGAGCUGCGGCCACUACCGCGAGGAGCCCGCGCUGGGCCCGGCCAAGGCCGCCCGCCAGGCCGCCCGGGACGGGGCGCGGCUGGCGCUGGCCCGCGCGGCGCCCGAGUGCUGCGCGCCGCCGGCCCCCGAGCCCCCGGGCGCGCCGGCGCAGCUGCCCUUCGUGCUGCUCAACUACCACCGCGUGCUGGCCCGGCGCGGGCCGCUGGGGGGCGCCGCGCCCGCCGCGCCCGCCCUCGCCCGCGGCCCCGCCGGCGCCCCCGAGGCGGCGGCCGCCGCGCUGCGGCCCCGGCCCCCCGGCCCCGCCGCCGCCUCGCCGCCGGGCGCGCCCCUCCCGCACUACCUGGGCGCCUCGGUCAUCAUCACCAACGGCAGGUGA